CCAAAACAAGACAGUAAGAUAAAAAAGAUGAGAGACACUGUUAUUAGAACAAGAAAAGAAAAAAACCGCCCUAUGUGUUCAUUUGAAAUUUUCGGAUACCCUAAAAAUUGAAGAUCUUUCUCCACCGUGAGUGACUACUAUUAUUCAAUUCCUUUGUCUUCCUCGUUCCGUUAUUGCUUGUUUCUCUCCAUCACUCUCGUUUUCCCAAUUUCUAAACCCUAUUUCUUUUCUGGGAAUUUUUAUUCGCCUGUUGUUGAUUGAUUGAUUGAAGUUCCUCUUCUUCACGGUCUGUAAUGAAUAGGGGGUUGGUUGUAAAUUAGUGAGGUGAGCAUGGCGAACACAACUGCUCGCGGGCAGAUGAUUUUCCAGGACGAGAAUGCAUUAGCUGCCCAUGGAAAAAAGGUGGUUGCUGCGGGAAAAGGUAAGGGAUCGCUAGCAGCUCCAAAGAAAUAUGGGGCGGGUUUUGGAAGCCGCAAGGCUCUCCAUGAUAUCACAAACAAGUCAAAGUUGCAACCUCAAGCUUCUUCCAAGACGACGAAGAAUGUUGAGGGAUUAGACUUUGACAUAGCAAAGGAAGGCUUUUUGCAUGACCACAGCAAAUGCAUUGAAGCUCAACAACAAAGCCAGUGGGACAGCUACUUCGCUGAACAUAUCAUCCUUCAUGGACAUGAUACCAAGAUCAAGGAAGUGAUUCCCGAAUACAAUAUUAAAGAGAUGGAUGAUGAUACUUGGGAUGAACUCAAAGAGGUACCAAUGGAGGAGUUUUCCAAUUUGCUGGAAUGCUCAACUCAAUGGCGCUCACCACCAGACUCACCUGUCCAUUACCAUUCUUCGUUACCUACAUCGCCUUCGCCAUGGCGUUCUGAAACCGUAGAAUUCAAGCUCAAGGAAGAUGAAGAUGAAGACACCACCUGAGUUCCAGUUCUACUUGGUUUUGACUUUUGUUAGAACAAUAUCAGUAACUUUUUAGUUUCCGAUAUUAUGAUGUAUCAACAAAUAUGCUUGAAAACCAAUUACUGAGCAUUGUUUCUGAGUAAAAACAUUGUAUGUUUAUAGGAUUUACAGCAUGACACCAUAAAGAA